ACGGGAUACCCGUACCCAAACCUCCCACCUAAACCACCACUUUUCGCCUUAACAGAACAAAUCUUCUUUAACUUAGUGCAAUCCUUGCCCGAGUCCGCAUCGCCUCUACUUUCCUCUACACAUCGGUUCCUUAAGGCUUGUGUGCACUGUACGUUAAUGUGCAGUGAAAAGUAUCUACUGUGAAUGAGCUUGCGCAAUGUGCAUCCGUGGGCUAAAGACAUCGAUUGUGCGAAGGGUGAGGGAGUCCUGCUCACUCAUUCCGUUUCUCUAUAUAUCUCUGUGAAGGAAGAGCGUUUGUGCAUCAUCAUCGCCAUCUUUCAGUUUUGAUCUCAAGUGUUCUAUACCAGACUCCACCGACCGGACUCCCUCUGAGACUCCCUCUGCCUGUGACGUUUCAUUUCCUUCUAGACUCCCGUUUUUCGUUCCAGACGCUCCAUUUCGAACGCCUCUCUGCCUUCCUUAAUCCCUUACUGCAACCCGCUAGCUCUUGGAGGUAGAGGUGCCGUCACCAUCCCAUUCAGACCACCUCACCACACGAAUUACUCCUUCAUAUUUUGUAACCCCCCCCCCCACCUUAUGUUCAAUGCACGUAUGAUCACCCCAGCUCACUAUCUACCUAGAUAUAUCCACCGACACCAAAUAUGUCCUGCCAAGAGUACCAGGAGGUCGAGGCUAUUCUCCGAAACUCCAAAUUUGUCCAAGACCUCUUCCUCCGCUUUCAAAAUGUCCUCGACGUAUGCCUUAAAGCGCAUUACGGCAACCAAUUCACAAGAGUGAUCAACAACGACGACUUCCUCCUCUUGCUGCUCCAAGCUAUAGUCGCGGCGCACUCGGACGCACCUGCGGAGAGCAACGCGGUAUGCCGAAGGCACACCGGCGAGCCACACCAUGAGGACCGGUACUUCCAAGAUAAUUAUCGCGACCCCUGCAAUCCUUUCAGCCCCGACUUUGCAAGACUUGACACCCUUUUCCUCCAUGACGAGGACCGCCCUUCGCCUAGCGCCAGAGCGGAAAACGUCCAGCAAGUAAUCGCCAUUGUGGAUCAACAAUUGCCCGAGGAUACAGCCAUGUCCGACCCUCACAGCCAGAGCCAACCGCAGCAGCUGCAGACCCAGCCUCCAUCAUCAUCACCACAACUCUACCAAACGAACACGGCUUCCGGCGGUAACCCUCAAACCCAGCAAAUGCAGCAACGUUUCUGCCUCGCCCAGGCCGAAAUCUUCAGCCCGCAAAACCCCCGACAGUCCGCCAUGAACCACACCUCGGAUAGCGGAGAAUCCUCCGGCGCCCAGUCCGACAAUUCGUUCGCUAGCGCUCGUAAGCCGGGGGGGAAGCGCGUAGCAGGAAGGUACAGAUGUCCGGUUGAAGACUGCCCCAAGAGGCAUGAAUAUAUGCAGAAGUGCCGUUUAGAGUAACCUCCUCCCUCCCCCCUCCCUAUUCUCAUCCUCUCUUCCCACUUAUGCUACCCAUCCCCUCUUGCAUAUGGUACUAAUGGAGAACUAUGGAUAUAGUGACCACAUGGCACUCCACGAACCCAACCGCCGCACUCACUGCCCUAGCUGUGGUAAGGUAUACAUGCACAGUCGCACGUGCAAUGAGCACCACAAGAAGGUGCACGGAACGACCUUGAAACAAGUGUAUGAGCAGCGUUCAUACCAAUUCGCACAGCAGGCCGCCAGCCUAGGGGACUUGGAGGGGUCCUUCGCCGAGGAGGAGGCGAUAGCGAUGGCUGCGGCGAAUUAAGUUGGGGAUUCCGUUUACAGGCGGGGGAAGAAGGAAGGAAAGAAAGAAAAACUACCCCCUUCACAAUGACACCAAGGGAAGAAGGAAGCUUCUUGGUGUCUAUACCCGAUUGUCUUUUUAUCUGCGCUGCAUUUGUUCGGUUUUUGUCCCUUGCUUGUUUGUCUACAUCUUCACAUGCUAGAUGGGGGAGUUGGACAUGUUCCUGGCGAGUACAGGUGGCUAAAAUAUUUUUUUGUUCUCGUUUCUAUGUUUCUUCUUACCCAAGUUAAUUAUCUAACCUUUUUCUUUUUACCCUCCCCCCUAUUUUUUUUUUAUCCCGUUUUACCCCCUUCCACACUCCUCACUAUACCUCUCUCUCUUCUCUGCCCUGGCCGCCUAAAGGGAGGAGAGAGGAAAAAAAGGGAUCUGUCGUCUAAUCAUUUGUACCAUGUCUCAUUUGUACAAGUACGGUUUCGAGUACCGGAUCCCUCCGACGAGUGAUGGGUUAUGUUCACGUGUUUCUUUUUUAGCUCUUUCCAUAUUUCAUCCCCUCUCCUACCACCAAUUCCCGGAAUCACAUUUUAGUUAGUCUAGUCUAGUCUAGUUCAGUUCUUCCCUGAUCGCGAUAGCCGUCCUCGCUCAGCGCUCCCGACCGGGAGUGCCGCACGGGGGUAGAACCAUCAAUUAAUCCCAUUAUCACACUAUCAUAUUAUCUCGCCGUCACAUCGGCACCAUAGCGGUGCGAUACAGCCCUGCAUACUGAAUUAUGAACACUACCGGCAAAUUAGCCAACCAACAGUAAUUCACCUGCGAUAUGACUUCAUGAAUGAAGAAGAAGAAGAAAAAAAACAAAAAGAAUUUCCCCGCGAAGCCUAGCAAUGCCUCGCGCACCCCAACAAAUUCCAUGUGUGUGGGUCAGAAUGCAGGAACGAAAGUGAAGAAAAAAAGCCCCGUCACGGCCAACCAGAUCAGGCAUGUAGGGUUUGGAUCUGUAUCCUGCAGCAUCCCCGCUAGAUGUGCACUUUUUAAGCCAACCAGGCAUCUUAUCGGGCGGGCCCACACCACAGCCUUGCUAAUGCCCAUCGAUAUCUUAUCAUAUCUACCCGCACAGACGCGUUCAGUGUACAGCGCAGCCGGGUUAAUUUGGUUUCGGCCAAUGUUGUUAUUUGGGAAGCAUCAUAUUGGGUGGAAUGGACCAUGUGUUGGGAAAAAGGGUUGUGCAAGCCCUACUCCGCUCCGUC